AAAUGAAUUAAAUUGGCGGGCUUCUCCACUAGCGUUCUUAAGAAGGAACUUAGCACUCGGUCUUAGUCUAUUUCCCCCGGCGUUUCCUCCCUUUCAUUUCACCGGCAAUGGCCUCACCAUCAGAAUCCGCUCUCAUCUCACUCCUCGAAACAGCCGAUUCCAAAGGAAUAUUCUCUCUAGUCUCCGAUUUUCUUUACCCUUUCUCCGAUAUCAAAAAGCCCAAGAAAUGCAAGAAAUCAGUCAAGCCUACCGACGAUUCUUCUACAAUACGUUCCCUAGCUAAGGAGUUCCUCUCUUUUCUCAAUCGCGCUCUCUCCAUUCUCCCCAAACGCCUCACCGACCCUUCUAAACUGGGCAACCAUCUCGAUUUCGCCCUAGAGUUAUUUGAAAUUUAUAAGCUUUGCUUGGGUUGUUUGGAAUGUUUGACGUCGCAGCUUUCGUGUAAACCCUAUACUGUCGAUGUCCAGAGGAUUCGAAUGGUGCAUUGCAUGGAGGAUUGGGGACUCUUCAAGGAUGCGGAGGCAGAGGGGUUUAGGAUUUUGGACAGGCUUCGGGAUAUUGAUCGUAGAUCAAAGGCGGGGAAAUUGGAUUUUCGUGUCAUUCACGAUGGGGAUAAAGGUGGUGGCGAUGAAGGUUUUUGUUUGCUAUUCGUGGAGGUCGUUGCAACGGUUGUUAAGUGUACGGCAUGUGGUCGUAGUAAGGAAAGUGGCGACUAUCGUAGGGUUCUUGGUUUGGUGGAGGAGGUUAGAACAUGGUUCAGGUUUCUAGAUGCUAAAGUAUCCGAGAAGACUCAAAGAGCACUGGUGACAUAUCUAGGCAAGUGUACUAUUUUCCUGGCUGAGGAGCUAGUUUGUUUUGGUGAGAGUCUCGUAAGUCUCUUCUGCCUCACAACAUUUGCUGAAUAUGCCAAGUCGUCUUUAAGAGAUCAGAUUUACAAGUUGGCCCGUCGGAUAUGUUCCAUCCUUUUCUCUCUACAACAGGAACAUCAUACAUCUAUGCUCGUCACAAACAUACUAGCAUGCGUUUUGAAGUCUCUGACCCUAGAAAUAGAAUGGAAGGAUGAAACUGAAUGUACAGUUGUUGAGUUUCUUCAGCUCAUCUGUUAUUGUGUAAAUAAAUGUCAGAGUGCAAGUUCUGAUUGUUGUUGUGCCUUUGCUAGACAUCUUGAGGAACUGACAAGUGAUUGCCGUCAGGAAACAACACCAUUGGGAUUGAAUUUGAGGCUUUAUGCUGUUGGGUUGAAAAUAUUUUCUAAACUACCCAGGGGUGGAACUCAUGGCUCUGCAUUUAGUAUUUUACUUGAUGAUAAAGACACUAUGCAGCGUUUGGUUAGCUUAAAUGGUUUCCUGGGGAGUUACUUUUGUAUUGGCUGCAGAAAGGGUAACGGGUCCUGCAGCAUUGAGCUGAAAGAUUUUGUUGGCCAGCCAUGUUCACAUUGGAAAUCUAAUCAUGAACAUGAGGUCCCUUCUUUCCUGAGCUGGACAGAGGCUUAUCUGUCCUCUUACUUGGAUGCAAUUAAGUUCUUAUGCAAGCCGCUUGCUGAGUCUGUAAAUUCCGAGAGAAAAGAAAUCCUCGCCGAGGAUAAAGCUGCUUCUGCUUUGUAUAAUAUUCAGAAUAUUUUGCAUCAUUUUUGUGACGUCUUUCUUUUUCGUCAAAGAUGCGCAAGUGAUGCUAAGAGAGAUGAAUGCAAUGAGAGUGUUAAUAUGCUAUUAACUGUUGUUGUGGCUGCUUUUACCCUGUCUAUAAGAACAAGGGUGGACAUGAAGAGGAGCACGGAUUUGAUCAAGGACAUUAUCUCUAGCAAAUGGAUUCAACCUUUUGCUUUGAAACAUUUAUUUGCUUCCCUUAACAACAUUGGCCUAAUUUUGUACAAAAAUAAGCAAAUAAGAGAGGCUUCAAAGGCAUUGAAGUUGUGUUGUAGCGCAUCCUGGACCUGUGUUAGGCAGUUUUGUCAGAUGCUUGAUGAUAAAUCAAGGCCAACAGACAGUGAAUUUUCUGAAAACACUGUUCUAAGUUUUGUUAAUGAAGUGAUUACGAGAAGUGCUUUUCUCAUUGAUAUGCUCUAUCAGCGUGACAUGCAUAAGGUUGAAAGAGCAAUGAGUGAGAUUCUUAAGAGCUGGUCCAUGGGUGCAACAUUAUUUAAUGGGUUGCCAGUUCCCGUGCAAUUGGUGAAACAAUGGGUUAAGAUACAAUGCAAGCAUCACAAGAAUGUGGAUCCCACAAAAAGCACAUUGACCUUGUAUUGUUUAUUGGGGUCUUUUAGGAUCAUGACAAAGGCACAAAUUGGUACUCUCAUGGAACAGGAACUUGUUGAAUAUGAGGAAAUGAGCAAGCUAAAUCCAGAAUUUUGUCAAUCAUUACAAGGGAAAAUCUUGAGUACCCUCCUAAGGGAUGUGUAUGUUACACCAGAUCAUAGGCUAGAAAAAGCUAGAGUAUUUAUGAAAAAAGCAAGGGUAUUGAGGUUUUCUGAAACUGUAUGUUUGGACGAUUGCAUCCAAUGUUUAUCAGAAGCAAUAUCUACAAUGAUUGAGACUGCUGGUGGAACUUGCAGCUCUGGAGUUCUUCAUUCUCAUCAGUUAGCUGUGGCAUAUUUCUUGCGUGCACUCUGUACCCAUGAGGCUGUACCAAAUUCAAAGCAGCAAGUCUUGCAAGAUAUUGCUUCUGCAUUGGGCAUAUGGUUGGAAAUUUCAAAUCUGGAUUCCUUGCCAGAUGGUCAGCGCUUGAUACUUUCUGAGUAUAUGUUGCUGCUAUUACAUAAUGCUUUUGAUUUGUUAUCAAUGAAGGGUUGCAUGGAUUACUACCAUAGCAUCUACAGUCUCAUGAUUAGAUUAUUCAAAUGGAAAAAUGUUCAAUUGGAGAAGCUGUUGGCCCUUCUGUGGGAAAGUAGAAGAAUGAGUCAUGCAAUGUGUACUACACCAGCAAAUGAGAUAGUUAUAGCACAACUAUCUGAGCAUCUCGGUGAGCUCCCCAAGAGUUUUGAACUUUGGACAAAUUGUCUGAAGACAUUGCCAGGCACGCUUGUUGUAUUCCAGCAGACUUUCUCAUUUUUAUGCCCAAAUUAUACCCAGAGUUCUUGUAAACAUGAAAAAUCUGUUCGAUUAUAUGUGACAGUUGAUGAGGUUAAAGAAGCUGCCUCAAAACUCAUAUCUCAUAUUCCUGCAUGCACGAGUUCUAUUUUCUUGGCUGGACAUCUUUACUAUGAUUUAUGUGAAAAACUUAUUUCAGAAGGCUGUCUGAUUGAGGCUCUCUCAUGUGCAAAAGAAGCUCAUCGUUUACGUUCUAAACUAUUCAAAGAGAAGUUUAUAUACACUGUUGAGCAGCAUCUUGAAAAAGAUUGUGAAAUGGCUUAUAUUAGUCAGAAGCCUGCAUAUGGCAUUAAGAAUCUCCAGAAAAACAGAUCGGCUGCUCGUGAUGUGUGGUCAUUUGAUAAAAUAUCAUGGGAUGUAGAAGGUUGCUAUCUUAGUCCUUUUAAUGUACUUCAGUGUUAUCUUGAAAGCACUCUUCAGGUUGGUCUUGUUCAUGAGAUCAUUGGAAAUGGCUCUGAGGCUGAAACACUUUUAAUGUGGGGAAAAAGUAUCUCCUGCUUGCAAAGCUUGCCACUGUUUGAAGUUGCUUUCUCUUCUGCUUUAGGAAAAUUAUAUAGGAAGAAAGAGUUAUGGAGUUUAGCACAAAAGGAACUUGAAAGAGCCAAACAGAUUUUAAAGGAUAGCAUUACUUCUUGUUUGAAGUGCAGACUGGUGCUUGAAGUAAAAGUUCAUCAACAACUUGGAGAUCUGUCCCGCGAUAUGUAUGUAAAUGCUAAAGGGAUAAUAUCUGAAGAGCGAUUAAUAAAUGCAGAAGGGUUUUAUAAUUUAGCUCUUGAGAAACUAAAUCUUUCUACAUGGAAAAAUUCUAUUAGUGGUCUAGAUGAAGAAACAUUUCUUUCAUCUUUGACAAUUCAAGUGGAAAGGCCAAAGGACAAAAGGGAUGGUAAAAAGGCUAAAAAAAUAACAAAUGCUCCCAAGUCUUUCCAAAUGGAUCAGUGUGUAAAUCCUCAGAGUAAUAUGAGGUUGACUCGCUCUAGAUAUCGGACGAUCCAGGGCCAAAGCGCAAGCAAUUCUAAUGAUGAAAAAGUUGACCUUCCUGUGCAUCCGAAAAACAACAUUCCUGAUAUUUCUAGUGCUUUGGGCCAAAAGCAAUCACACUUGCAAGUGAGUUGUUGCACACAAGGGAGUGAAGCAUCGUGCAAAAAUGGGAAAGUUGGAUGUUGGCAAUGUCUACCAAUGGAACUAAUUGAAGCUGGACAAAUGAACAAUUUCAUAUAUCUCAAGUGGGAGUUUGUUCGUAGACGGCUUGUGUUAAAGCAACUUUCUGGCUUAGGUAAAAUCUCAGAGAUUCGUGGUCAAAUUCAUCAAACACAUGAAACUAUUUUGAAAAGCAUGUCCUUCGUAGUAAGCAGAAAUCUCUUCUUUCAAGCGCACUAUGUGAUUGAACCCACAGUUUUGCUAGAGUUAAUUGGCAAGGAGGUCCAUGGAGAUGUGUUUGCAGUUGAGAGGGCAUCGGUUCUCUAUGAAAUUUGCUGGUUCUCUUUGAAGAGAUACAAAUAUGCAACUACCAAGAUUAUUUGUUGUCCUUUGUCUCAGGUUGACUCUGAAACAUUGGUUUCUUGGCUGAGGGUUGCCCUUGUACUUUGCUGUGAGGUUCCCGUACUUUUUCAAAAGGUUUCAAGAUUGCUUGCUGUUAUGCAUGUAAUUUCUUCAACAAGUGAGCUAUUUUCUUUGGCAUCUUCCAACACAAUACUAGCAGACAGCCACUGGGUUUCAUAUUUUCACCAAGCUUCGGUUGGAACUCAAUUUAAUAAUCAGUUCUUCCCAAAUACAACUGGAAGAUCUUGUGUACAGGAUCUUAAUUUUGCACAGGAUUUUGAUACAGGAGAAGAAAGAUUAAAGUUGAAGUUGUUUAGAAGGGGACUUCUUUCUAGUCAAGAUCUUGAAGAAUAUGUGAGAAAAUUCUUUGAUGACCUUCCAUGCGUGACUAUGGUUUGUAUUAGUCUGAUUGAAGGAGAUCUUGCUUGUUUACUGCAACAAAUUCUCCAUUUUUCUUCAUCUGUUCAUGCAUGGAUCUUGAUGUCACAUUUAAAUUCAAAGCGUGAGCCACUUGUUUUAUUACUGCCGGUGGAAACAAUCUUAAAAGAAGAUUCAGAAGAUUAUUCAAAUCCUUACUCAAGUGAUAUAUGUGAAAGAAAUGAUCUGACUAAGCAUUGGCAAUGUCCGUGGGGAUCCUCGGUCAUUGAUGAAAUUGUACCAGCAUUCAGAAUUAUACUAGAGGGGAAUUAUUUAUCAUCUUCAGAGUUCCCUUCCGAGGAUACAAAAACAAAUAGGAAGUUGUGGUGGAAACGGAGAACAAAGCUUGAUGAGUGCCUUGGUAAAUUAUUGGGAACUAUUGAAGAUUCAUGGUUGGGCCCUUGGAAAUUUAUGCUUUUGGGGGACUGGUCAAAUAGAAAGCAUGUAGAAUUUGAAUUUAAUUCAUUGGUGCUGAAUUUGAAAUCCAAAUGCAAACUGGACGUGAAUGAGAGUCUACUGAAGGUUAUUUUAGAAGGUCCAGAGGAAGUUCUUGAAGCAUUUGAUUCAAAAUUGUAUUCAAGGAAAGGUUGCAUCAUUGGUAGGGAACGAUUUUAUAAUAAAGAGGGGUCUAAUCCUUUUCAAAACACAUCGAAGGGAUUGGACCAAGUUUCUGGAUUGGCCUUGAAACUAAUACAAGAUGCAAAAAAAAAACUCGAAGUGGAAGACAAUACCAGCAGAGAGCCCAUAAUUCUUGUCUUGGACUAUGAUGUGCAGAUGCUUCCAUGGGAGAAUUUACCUGUACUUCGAAACCAGGAGGUUUAUCGCAUGCCUUCUGUUGGCAGCAUUUGUGCAACACUUGAUAGAAGAUACCGUCAGCAAGAGCAAGAUGGUGGGAUCAUGGCUGCCUUUCCUUCAAUUGAUCCCUUGGAUGCUUUUUAUUUAUUGAACCCUAGUGGUGAUCUCAACAACACGCAAAUUGAAUUUGAGAAUUGGUUUAAAGAUCUAAAUUUGGAGGGAAAGGCUGGAUAUGCACCCACAUCUUCAGAGUUGAUUGAAGAAUUGAAAAGCCGCGACCUCUUCAUAUACUUUGGCCAUGGAAGUGGAGCACAAUAUAUUCCCAAGCAAGAGAUUCAGAAAUUGGAUGCAUGUGCUGCAAGUCUCCUAAUGGGUUGUAGCAGUGGUUCCUUGACAUUAAAUGGUCAUUAUGUUCCACAAGGGACUCCAUUAUCUUAUUUGAAGGCAGGUUCUCCUGUCAUUGUGGCCAACCUAUGGGAAGUGACUGACAAAGACAUUGACCGUUUUGGGAAGGCAGUUCUUGAAGCUUGGUUGAGAGAAAGGUCAUGUGCUUUAUCUAGUUCUGCUCAGCAUGACAUUGUCACAAAAGAGUUGGAAGCCAUGAAAAUAAGUUCUAAGUGUGCCAAUAAGAAAGUGACAAGUUUACCUGCAACAUGUGAAAGUGGCUCAUCAAGUAAAGGCCAUUCUGUUCAUAAGCGAAUGAUUGGUUCAUUCUUGUGUGAGGCUCGUGAUGCUUGCACUCUACGAUACCUAAUAGGAGCAUCGCCAGUUUGUUAUGGUGUUCCUACGAGCAUAAAGAAGAAGAAAGACCCGUCUUAAAUAGGCAUGACACAACCUGCUGUAAUAGGCUUUGAAGUUCAGAUACUCCAUUUCUUUGUAGGACUACCGACAUUUUCUUGUGGCAUUCCAACUCCCAUCGUGUAUUGGAAGACACAAAUAUCAAUCUUGUUGUGUGAUACAACCUGGCUUUUGAAAUUGCAAGUUCCAUUUCGAAGACAUGAAAAGUGGCAGAAGGGUAUACCUGCAGUAGGAGAAGCUUUUUUUGUUUUUCUCCAUGGUCCUUUUAUAGCAGCAGAGUCUACUUGAAGAGGAUGUGAAGAAGUUUCAUACUAUGAUCGCUGGGUUCAGUGAGAAGAUACGGGAAAUGAAGAUUUUGGUGGAGAAGGAAAAGGAGUUGGAAGUUAAAGUACAUUAGGACAAGAAGAUUGGUGAAGAGAAUGAAGAGCUGGGGCAGAAGGUGGAGGAUCAGAUGUUAAAACUAGAGAGGUGGAAAAGAUGAGGAGAGAAUUGCAAGCUGUGAGAGGGAUAUCGGUGAUGCCGAAGUCUCAAGGAAUGUGUGGCAGGAGAAGACAUGGGAUCUUGAUGCAACAAUGGGGAAUAUGUUUAAGGAGCUUGAGACCAUGGCAAUGGAAUGUAACCAGGCUAUGAGGAGGUUAAAGUUUGAUAAUUGUCAUCAGUAUUCACUGAAUGCAAAGGAGUCGACCCCAACUGAUGUAAUGGGGAUUGACUAUAAGACAAUCAUUAAGCCUGCACUCAAUUCCUUUGCAAAGAAUAGUUCCACGAUGGAGUUGGAGGGUUUGAUUUCUCUCAGGCAGCAAUCAAGUGAAAGUAGUGCUAAAAUUGAGUCGAGAUGCAAUCACAUAGCUUCCCUUCAAUCCCAUACAGAUGAAAUAAAGCGCAUAACAGAAAGAUAUUGGCACUUGAUUCAAGAUGUGUCAGUUGUCUUACUUUCUGCAUGUUCUUAAUGCAAGAAUCUUUUGUUGCCUUUGAGCGAAGUUUCUUAUUAAUUAUUAUAGUCUGCUGCCAGACUUGAAAAUUGGCUGCAAAUAACUUCAUUUUAUUUCAUCAUUUCUCUUAUCAUUUUGUUGGCGAAGGUUUUGCUUGGCUGCUAGGAACUAUGGUUUGCUAAACGUGUUAAUGGUUUCAAUCUUCUUGAAACACAAAAAUUCCUAUUUUGCUUGGAAUGGAAUUCUACAAUGUUAUCAUUUCUUAUCAUUACCCCUUCACUCCCUAGUAAGGUAUAAGUCUACAAGUUAACGUUGUAGAGAGAUAGAAGACGAAAAAACAAAGCUAAUAUUGUUUAUUGGUUGCCCUCAAAAUCAAUGAAAAUUGAACUAAAUAUCUGCUGUGACAUUACUCAUAAAAUCAGCAUUUAAAAUCAAGACCUUAGAAUUCGAAAGGUAAAACAAAAAGGAGAAAAAUACCCUUAAGAAGAAGAAAAGAAAUCAGACACAUGACCAACGACUUUCGCAAAAGAGAGGAAAAAUAAGAAAAAGAGGGAGAGAUCAAUUCAAAAUCAAUAGAAUUGGCGGGCUUCUCCGCCGGCGUUUGCUCACUUCAUUUUACCGGCAAUGGCGUCGCCUCAGAAUCCGCUCUCAUCUAAGGCUAUAUUCUCUCCAGUCUCUGAUUAUCUUCACCCUUUCUCCGAUAUCAAAAAGCCCAAGAAAUGAAAUCAGCCAAGCAUUCUGACGGUUCUUCUGCAAUCCGUUCCCUAGCUAAGGAGUUUCUCUCUUUUCUCAAUCGCGCUCUCUCCAUUCUCCCCAAACGCCUCACCAAUCCUUCUAAACUGGGCAACCAUCUCGAUUUCGCCCUAGAGUUAUUUCAAACCUAUAAGCUUUGCUUGGGUUGUUUGGAAUCUUUGACGUCGCAGCUUUCGUGUAAACCCUAUUCUGUCGAUGUCCAGAGGAUUCGGAUGGUGCAUUGCAAGGAGGAUUGGGGACUCUUCAAGGAUGCGGAGGCAGAUGGGUUUAGGAUUUUGCAGAGGCUUGGGAUAAAGGUAGUGGUGAUGAAGGUUUUUGUUUGCUAUUCGUGGAGGUCGUUGCAACGGUUGUUAAGUGUACGGGAUGUGGUCGUAGUAAGGAAAGUGGCGACUAUCGUAGGGUUCUUGGUUUGGUGGAGGAGGAGGUUAGACCAUGGUUCAGGUUUCUAGAUGCUAAAGUAUCCGAGAAGACUCAGAGAGCAGUGGUGACAUAUCUAGGCAAGUGUACUAUUUUCUUGGCAGAGGAGCUAGUUUGUUUUGGUGAGAGUCUCGUAAGUCUCUUCUGCCUCACAACAUUUGCUGAAUAUGCCAAGUGGCCUUUAAGAGAUCAGAUUUACAAGUUGGCCCGUCGGAUAUGUUCCAUCCUUUUCUCUCUACAACAGGAAUAUCAUACAUCUAUGCUCGUCACAAACAUACUAGCAUGUGUCUUGAAGUCUCUUACCCUAGAAAUAGAAUGGAAGGUAUAGUUAAUGGAGAAGUUACGCCUAAAAUCUUUUCCAAUACCGAUACCACUAAAUAUAUCUUUCAUUGAGUGUAUGAUAUCUUGAUGGUGUAUUAAAGGGUGUCAAAAGAAAGAAUUAAGGCCAACUUUGUUUCCUCUAUAGAUUUUCUUUAUACGGUACUUUGUUGUUGUGCAGCAUAAUUGUGUCAAUGUAGAAGAGCAAGAAUGCUUCUCUAAACCAGAGGCUGAGUUUGUUAAGUUUUCUUAGAGAAUUCCUCACCAUUUAGGUUCUCUCAUUCCUUUAUUAAAAUGUUAGGACUGGUGACGCGUUUGGGGAGAAUGGAGAGAGUACGAUUGAGAAAAGAGAGAAACUCCUUAACUAGGGAACGGAUUGCAGAAGAAUCCUCGGUAAGCUUGGCUGAUUAAAUACAUUUCUUGGGCUUUUUGAUAUCGGAGAAAGGAUGAAGAAAAUCGGAGACUGGGGAGAAUAUACCUUUGGAAUUCGUUGUUUCGAGGAUAGAGAUGAGAGCGGAGUUUGUGAGUGACACCAUUGCCGGUGAAAUGAAAUGGAGCAAACGCCGGAGGAGAUGGACCGAGACUGACUGGCUGAGUUUCUUCUUAAGAACGCUAGUGGAGAAGCCCGCCAAUUUAAUUCAUUUUGAAUUCUUUUCUCUUUUAUUUUCCCUUAUUUUUCUGAUUUCUUUUCUUCUUCUUGUAAAGGGCUCUUCUUUUUUCUUUCAAUUUUUGCAUUUAAAACGUAUUAUCUUGCUCUGUGGAAUUCUAAGGUCUUGAUUUCAUGUGUUUAUUCAAUGAUUUUAUAGGUAACGUUAGAGCGGAUAAUUAGUUCGAUUUUCUUUUUGGAAUCGACCAAUAAACAAAAUUAGCUUUGUUUCUUCA